AUGAGUAAGCUGGAAAGUUGUAUUGUUGGUGCAACGGUUGGGACAAAUCACAUCAUACCAUCUAUUACUUUCGAUAAUAUUAAUCAUUCCAAUAUGUAUAAACGAUCACGCGGUUUUCCGUUACCUAUAACACCGAGUGAUUCGUAUACAUCCAGUAUCCAAGUUAUUGGCACUAAAAAUUCCAAAAUAGAAACUGUUUCCUGGACAACACUGCCACGAGGAUGGGAUGUUUUCCGUUCAUUGCCAUUGCCACCGGAUAACCUGAGUCGAGGCUUCUGGUACGAUGUAAGCUUGCAAGUAUUAAAAAUAACCUGUUUUUGUGUCCUCUUCAUUCUAACACUAUUAAGUGCCAUAAUUGCAAAGGCAACAUUUCUACUGAUGACCUCAGCAAUUGGUACCAUCAAGAUGAAUCUGACCAUUUGCAACGAUAAAAUCCCCGAAAGUCCUACUAAUCAAGUUGAAGUAUUACCAGUACAUGUCGUAAAAUGGGUUUGGGCAGUUUAUAUUUCGUUAUGCAUUCCGGAACUACAAUGCUUCAUCUGUUGCAUUCAUCGAGCUUUCUUCCGGAAUGUCAAAAAGCCGACAUUUGUACAAUUUAUUGCUGUUUUUAUUGUGGAAACUUUAAAUGCCAGUGGUGUUGGUAUAUUAGCGCUUAAAAUAUUACCUAAUUUGGAUGCCAUUGCUGGUGCAAUGCUUACUAAUUUUGCAUGUUUCGUGCCAAGCAUUUUGUUGCUAUUAAGUCGUCGGCCAAAUCGUUUAGCCAUAUUAUUUAUGGCCGCUGAUUUUUUUUGCAUAAUUGUACAAAUUGUCGCAUUAUGGGCGCUACCGGAUCUAAAUGUAUCAUUUCAAAAAUUUAAAUUUAUUUUACCAUUAUGUUUGAUAUUAAUAUCACUCGGUUGGUGGCAAAAUUUUGUACACAUUGAAAGUGCCUUAGCACCAAUUCGAGCACUUGCACGAUUUGCUGUAACGUUAAAUGAACGGCGAUCAAAAACUUAUGUUUUGAUAUCUAUUUGGAAAUGUAUUGUGUAUUUACUUAUGGUAUUUUUAGUACUUACCAAUAACAUAUCGCCGAAAGAUCUCUUCGAAAAUGAUCCAUUUGGAGAAAAACUAUUAACAAUAACUGCCCGACAUUUGAAUCAAACUCAAAUCAACAAAUUUUAUGAUCGUAUGGAAAUGGAAAUGGCUAAUAAUGAGAACGCCGAAGUUCCAACUACACCUACUUUGAAUUUCGUGGGGAUGCAAAUGAUGAAACCAUCUAUUAUAUUAAAAGAUCAUGGUAGCCGUAAUCUAACCAAUCAAUGGAAUAAGCGUAAUUUUCGAUUCUUUUCUGAUCAGAGCCAAUCGAUACAUCUAAAACAACCAUUAUCAUCUCCAUUAUCACCAACAGUACAAUCCUUUCCAAUUCAAGAGAUGAACAAACAGGAUGAUCACAGUAUGAUAUCAACAGUUGACAUCUUCAAAUUUAACGAAUCACCUGAGAAUUCAAUUAAAGAAGAAUCUGUAAAAUCUUUCAAAAGUCAAAAAAAGCGAACGAUUAAUAAUGAUGACGAUGAAUAUGAAAUGCCACCAAAUACCUAUAACAUAUACGAUGAUUAUGUGGAAUUAAAUCAGUAUACAACUCCGUUCGAUGCUCUUUGGAUUGUACUCAUCCAGGCUAUUGCUGUGAUACUUACCUAUCAUACUUCAAAAUUUGCUUGCAAAGUAAUGCUACAACGAACAUGCUUUGCAUUACCGGUGGCGCUUAGUGUUCCGGCAACUGUUGCUUUGUUAUUCACAAUGUGUACGAAACGGUAUACUGAUUCUUGUCACUCAACUAAUUUUCUUCCUAGAGAAUUAUUCUGGAAAUGUGACACAGCAAAGAGUUUGUCGGAAUUUUUCCUUUCACCAUUGACACAAAUUUGGCUUGCUGUUUUGAUGGUGCAGUUUUGGAUAACAAUACACCUUUGGAGGCCACGUCAGGAAAGACUUGCCAAGACAGCUAAAUUGUUCAUUCUUCCUUACAAUAGCGCUCUAUUCACUGAUCAAUGUUUGGCAUUAAAUCGACGAUGUGAUGAUAAAACAAAAAUUCGAACUGAGGAUCUGGAUUUCGAUGCGGAAGAGUUGUCAACUACACGUGAUAUAAAUAUUGGAUUAACGUAUGCAAAGCCAAUUGCAUCACUUUCAAGUACUUCCACGAGUAAAGUAAUCGAAACAGCUAUGAUAAAGGAAAUGGCAUCAUCAGCAGAUGCGGUGACAAAAAUUUACGUUUGCGCAACAAUGUGGCAUGAAACAGCGAUCGAGAUGACUUGUAUGUUGAAAAGUAUCUUCCGUCUUGACGAGGAUCAAUGCGCCAGAAGAAACGCUCAGAAAUAUCUUAAAAUCAUAGAUCCAGAUUAUUAUGAAUUCGAAGCGCACAUAUUUUUUGAUGAUGCUUUUGAUAUCAACGAAUAUGGUGAGCCGGUGAUAAAUAAAUUUGUCCAACAACUCGUUGAUAAAAUUGAUGAAGCAGCCAGUGCGUUACAUCAAACGCAAAUGAGACUAAAACCACCGAAAAAAAUUUCAACUCCAUAUGGUGGACGUUUGAGCUUUAUUAUGCCUGGCAAAAAUAGACUAAUGAUACAUUUGAAAGAUAAACAAAAGAUUCGACUUCGAAAGCGUUGGAGUCAGGUGAUGUACCUGUAUUAUUUACUUGGCUAUCAGUUAAUGAUGAAGGUGGACGAUGAAGUAAGGAAAGAAAUAAUUUCGGAGAAUACAUUCAUUCUAACCUUAGAUGGUGAUGUCGACUUCUCGCCACAAUGUGUUCAUCUGCUUGUUGAUUUGAUGAAAAAAGAUCGACGUCUUGGAGCAGCUUGUGGUCGAAUACAUCCACGUGGAUCAGGUUUGAUGAUAUGGUACCAAAAAUUUGAAUAUGCAAUUGGUCAUUGGUUACAGAAAGCAACAGAACAUAUGAUCGGUUGCGUACUUUGUUCACCCGGUUGCUUCUCGUUGUUCCGAUCAUUGGCUCUAAUGGAUGAUAAUGUUACCAGAAGAUAUGCAUCAAAGGCUGAAAAUCCGGUUGAUUUUAUUCAAUAUGAUCAGGGUGAAGAUCGUUGGCUAUGUACUUUACUUUUGCAGCGAGGUUACCGGGUUGAGUAUUGUGCAGCAUCAGAUGCUCUAACUUAUGCACCAGAAGGUUUCAAUGAAUUUUUCAAUCAGCGCCGUCGCUGGAUACCUUCAACAUUAGCAAAUAUUAUCGAUCUGUUGCAAGAUUAUAAAAAUGUUAUCAAUGUGAACGAAUCAAUUUCCAUUUGGUAUAUAUUAUAUCAAUGCAUAAUGCUAAUCUCAUCAAUUCUUGGCCCAGGGACAAUCUUCCUGAUGGUUGUUGGUGCCUUAUCAAUAUCAUUUAACAUUGAUACCUCUUUAUCAUUGUUUAUUGUCACCGUACCAGUUGCAACAUUUUGCACUAUGUGUUUCAUUAGUGAUUCAGAAAAACAGCUAAUAGCGGCACAACUUAUCGGCGCACUAUUUGCUAUGCUAAUGACAGCUGUAAUUGUUGGAACAAUGAUACAAAUGCAAAAAGAUGGCAUUAUGUCACCACAUUCCAUAUUCUUACUUGUCGUCAUUGGAAGUUUCAUCAUCGCGGCUGUAUUACAUCCAUUGGAAUUUACUUGCAUAACACCGGGAAUUUUAUACUUCUUGGCAAUACCAUGCAUGUAUAUGUUACUCCCAAUCUAUAGCUUAUGCAAUUUGAAUAAUGUUGCUUGGGGGACACGAGAAAAUCCAAAAGAAGAAGGAAAAGAUCCUACAAGAGAGAAAUGCGGCAAGCAUAUUGACCUUAUCAGUAAUAAUCCUACUAAUGAGGCGGAUGGUGAAAUAUCGGUUGGUUGUGGACCAGCAUGCCGUCUAAUAUGUUGUUUGAGGGAUAAAUCAACGGAAAUAGCGCAGAUUUGGCAAUUGAAUGGAAAAAUAAAUGAAAUGAUGGAUAAAUUGGAUCGAAUUGAACGGCAACCAACAGGAAUAUUACCUCGAACGGUUUAUACAACAGCACCAGCAAACAAUUCCGAAUCACCGAAAUGGGAGGAUAAUUCAAUUAAGGAAGAUCAGGCAGAAAUAGAAGAUGAUCGUGAUAUAACUAAUCAAUCAGCUUUUGUUAUGCGUAAUCGUAAAUGGAAUUCCAAAAUGAGCGAAGUAUGGUUGAAUGACAAAUGUAUUCAAAGAGCGGAGAAAGAUUCGUUGGAUCCGGAUGAGGAAAUUUUUUGGAAUGAUGUUAUCAGCAAAUAUCUAGCACCAAUUAUUCAUGAUCAGUUAGAGCAAAAGCAUAUCAGAGCCGGUCUUGUGCUAUUAAGAAAUAAGGUUUGUUCUGGAUUUUUCAUGGUAAAUACCGUAUUUAUCAUCACUGUGCUUUUGCUACAACUACAAAAAAAUUGCAUUCAUAUCGAAUGGCCAUUAGGCCCACGUUAUAAUCAUACAGUCAUUCCGUGCAAAACGGAUAUUCGGGAACCAAUCUGGAUGGUUACACGACUACAACUGGAGCCAAUCGGACUUGUCUUUCUACUUUUCUUCAUGUCCAUUCUUAUUAUUCAGUUCAUAGGAAUGUUAUUACAUCGUUUUGGUACUAUGGCACAUAUAAUAGCGUCGACACAACUAUUUUGUUGGCGUAAACGUGUAGAUCGUUUGACGGAAGAUGAAUUGGUUGUGCAAAAUGCGGUUGAAAUAGCACGCGAACUACAAGCCAUUCGCGGAGUUGACGAACCCGAUGAAAAUGCUCCAUCGGAAGAGCAAGCGAUCUCACGUCGAAAUAUUGUUCGCAAUUUGGAAUCUUCCAAGCGUUCAAUGUAUCGACCAAAGACGGAAACACUUGACGCCGCAUUCAAGAAACGUUUCUUUGCACUGUCAAGUAACAAAGCAAUUGAUCGUUCCAGUAGUGAAAGGCGUUUGACGUUGCGUCGAGAUACAAUUCGUGCUAUCGAACGACGUCGGAAUUCGAUUUUCGGAAAUCAGCAACCAAAUGAGGCAACUUUGUUAAUAAAUUGA